GCGCCGGAAGUGGGUUGUAGUUAGUAAAUAAGCUGGGAAAGACGAGGGGAGCUGCUGUCUCCAUUUUGUUGGCAUACGCUACUCCUGCGACGUUGUGGAGAUGGGGGGCGUCUUGGGGCUGUGCUCCAUGGCGAGCUGGAUCCCAUGUCUGUGUGGCAGCGCCCCGUGUCUGCUGUGCCGAUGCUGUCCUAGUGGAAAUAACUCCACUGUAACUAGGUUGAUCUAUGCGCUUUUUUUGCUUGUUGGAGUGUGUGUAGCUUGUGUAAUGUUGAUACCUGGAAUGGAAGAACAGCUGAAUAAGAUUCCUGGAUUUUGUGAGAAUGAGAAAGGAAUGGUCCCUUGUAGUAUUCUGGUUGGCUAUAAAGCUGUAUACCGUUUGUGCUUUGGCUUGGCUAUGUUCUACCUUCUUCUUUCACUAUUAAUGAUCAAAGUGAAGAGCAGCAGUGACCCUAGAGCCGCAGUACACAAUGGAUUCUGGUUCUUUAAAUUUGCUGCAGCAAUUGCAAUUAUUAUUGGGGCCUUCUUCAUUCCAGAAGGAACUUUUACAACUGUGUGGUUUUAUGUCGGCAUGGCAGGCGCCUUUUGCUUCAUUCUCAUACAGCUAGUCUUACUCAUUGAUUUUGCCCACUCGUGGAAUGAAUCAUGGGUUGAAAAAAUGGAAGAGGGGAACUCGAGAUGUUGGUAUGCAGCUUUGUUAUCAGCUACAGCCCUGAAUUAUCUGCUGUCUUUAGUUGCUAUCGUCCUGUUUUUUGUUUACUAUACUCAUCCAGCCAGUUGUGCAGAAAAUAAAGCAUUCAUCAGUGUCAACAUGCUCCUCUGCCUUGGUGCUUCUAUAAUGUCUAUACUGCCAAAAAUCCAAGAAUCACAACCAAGAUCUGGUUUGUUACAGUCUUCAGUGAUUACAGUCUACACAAUGUAUUUGACGUGGUCUGCUAUGACCAAUGAACCGGAAACAGAAUGUAACCCAAGUCUACUGAACAUAAUUGGAUAUAACACAACAAGCACUAUCCCAAAGGAGGGGCAGUCUGUACAGUGGUGGCAUACUCAAGGAAUUAUUGGACUACUCCUCUUUUUACUGUGUGUAUUUUAUUCAAGCAUCCGUACUUCAAACAAUAGUCAGGUUAAUAAACUGACUCUAACAAGUGAUGAAUCUACACUAAUAGAAGAUAGUGGAGCCAGAAAUGAUGGAUCACUUGAGGAUGGUGAUGAUGUUCACCGAGCCGUAGAUAAUGAAAGGGAUGGUGUCACUUACAGUUACUCCUUCUUUCACUUCAUGCUGUUCCUGGCUUCACUUUAUAUCAUGAUGACCCUUACCAACUGGUACAGGUACGAGCCUUCUCGUGAGAUGAAAAGCCAGUGGACAGCUGUCUGGGUGAAAAUCUCCUCUAGUUGGAUUGGCGUUGUGCUGUAUGUGUGGACUCUGGUGGCGCCCCUUGUUCUUACAAAUCGUGACUUUGACUGAACGGGACUUGAGGCAUCAAAGUCUCACUUUGAUCAUCAUUUAUUUGAAAUCAGCAGUAUUCCCAACUUUUGUGAAGUUGUGUAUGUGUGUGCUUCCCAUGUAACUUCUCCAGUCUUCUGGCAUGAAUUAGAUUUACCGCUUGCCAUUUUAUUCAUUAUAGUCUUGCCAAGCGCAUCAAUAUGCGUUUUAGAAUGAAUCAAGAGUUGUAUGAGUAUGUUGGUGGUGGUAAGUUAGGAGAAGUGGACAUUGUUAGGUUUAUUCUCUGCUCUGUACCUGUGAAAAGAGUAAAAACAAAACUGCUUGGCAGUUUGAUUUUUAAAUUGUGUUAGAACAUAAGCUGUUUUAGAAAAAUACGAAAUAUGUAUGGCUGCCUUUUGAAAUAUUUGAUGCCUUGUCCUACAGUAUACUGCAAAGAACAUGGCUGUCCUCAAAUUGUAUAAACAAGUCACAAAUGUCAGUUUUCUAAAGACUUUUCAGAUUUUUCCCUUGAUAUGAAGGUAAGGAACAUAUACAGGUACAGGUAUGGAGUAUUUGAUUGACAACAGUGUAGGUUAUGGAGGAGACGGAGACACAGAACUUUCAGAGAUUUGCUGGUGGUGGGUAUUAAAUUGAAUACCCACGUAGGUUGUAAUGUUCCCUGAAUAGGGGUAGUCUUCCAUACUAACAUAGUGAACUUUGUUUUGGUCAUUAUAAACACAUGCAGAUGUGUUAAAAUGUGUUCAGUGGAGAAGUUAGGGACUCUGAAGGAUUUGGACAAAGAUUUUGAGAAGAAUAAUCAUAGGUUAGAAGGAGGUUGAAAAUCAGAGCUGAUAAACUGAAGGCUACUAAAGCCUAUUUUGCAGUUUCUUCCUGUUCUGUCAGAAGUUUAACAAGUGACGAAACUGAAGCUCAGAUAGCUGAUCAGUGGCAAAACUGGGAAAUCCCACAUCUGUCAAACACAAAUGGCAUUUUUUCUGGCAUUCAACAAUAAUUUCUGUUCAAAUACAUGCCUAAUAGAUUUUGCACCAUUGUGAGUGGUAGAUCAUUUAUGUGAUGUGAAUUGCUGGUAUCUAGUAUGCCUUCUACACACAAACUGAGGCCAGGAGAAUGAUGACUGCUGUAAAAUAAACUCCUGCUUAACAGUAUACUAUUCAGCUCAAAAGAUGCUUUUCUAUUUGCCGCCAUCUAAUUGAAAUAUAUAGGUUAUUAAAAAUCUUUCAACUUGAAAAUCAAGCAGUAUCACUGUUAACUUCGAUAGAAACUCUUAGUUGUGUCAUUAGUGUCUUAAAUCUUAAAAUCUACAUUUGCUUCUUUUAAGAAAUCAAUGUAAGCGAAAUAUAACAAUUCCUCACCUUUUAUUGUGUUGGUAUUGUAUUCCAUGAUCUCAAAUGGCUGUUUUAUCUUUAAAUAAAUGAAUUCAGAGAAAA